AUGGACCAGGCCAACCACACCACUGUGAAGGAGUUUGUCUUCCUGGAGCUUACUCGCUUCCGGGAACUGGAUUUCUUCUUGUUUGUCAUCUUCCUUGCUGUGUAUGUAACAACCAUCCUAGGAAAUGCCCUUAUUGUUGUCACCAUCACCUGUGAAUCCUGCCUCCACACUCCCAUGUACUUUCUUCUGCGGAACAAAUCAAUCCUGGACAUUGUUUUUUCAUCUACCACCGUCCCCAAGUUACUGGUGGAUCUUUUAUCAGAGAGGAAAACCAUCUCCUACAAUGGCUGCAUGGCACAGAUAUUUUUCUUCCACUUUGCUGGUGGGGCAGAUAUUUUUUUCCUCUCUGUGAUGGCCUAUGACAGAUACCUUGCAAUAGCCAAACCCUUGCACUAUGUGACCAUUAUGAGGAGAGAGGUGUGGGUGGUCUUGGUGGUGGCCUCCUGGGUGGGUGGUGCUUUGCAUUCAAUCGCCCAGAUAAUUCUGAUGAUUCCACUCCCCUUCUGUGGCCCCAACAUCCUGGAUGCCUUCUACUGUGAUGUGCCCCAGGUGGUCAAACUGGCCUGCACGGACACCUUUGCUUUGGAGAUUCUUAUGAUCUCUAACAAUGGACUGGUGACCCUGCUGUGGUUCCUUCUGCUCCUGGUCUCCUACACCAUCAUUCUGGUGCUGGUGAGAUCCCACCCUGGUGAGGGGCGGAAGAAGGCCCUCUCUACCUGCACCUCCCACAUCCUGGUGGUGACGCUUCACUUCAUGCCUUGCGUUUACAUCUACUGCCGGCCCUUCGUUACCCUGCCCGUAGACACAGCCAUAUCCAUCAAUAACACGGUCAUCACCCCCAUGCUGAACCCGUUGAUCUAUACCCUGAGGAACCAACAAAUGAAGUCAGCCAUGAGGAGACUGCAGAAGAGGCUUGGACCUUCUGAGAGCAGUAAACUGGGGUGA